CCCCCCGCCCCCCCGCGCCGGGCGGAGCCGGAGCCGAGCGGAGCCGGUGCCGGGGCGGCUCAUUGCGGCGCGGCGCGGCGGCAGCAUGGCCACCACCGUGCCCUGCACCCGCUUCACCGACGAGUACCAGCUCUACGAGGAGAUCGGCAAGGGGGCUUUUUCGGUGGUCCGGCGCUGCGUCAAGCUCUGCACUGGCCAUGAGUACGCCGCCAAGAUCAUCAACACCAAAAAGCUCUCAGCCAGAGACCACCAGAAGCUGGAGCGUGAGGCACGCAUCUGCCGGCUGCUCAAGCACUCCAACAUCGUGCGGCUCCACGACAGUAUCUCUGAGGAGGGUUUCCAUUACCUCGUCUUUGACCUGGUGACAGGUGGUGAGCUCUUUGAGGACAUUGUGGCGAGGGAGUACUACAGCGAGGCCGAUGCCAGCCACUGCAUCCAGCAGAUCCUGGAGGCUGUCCUGCACUGUCACCAGAUGGGGGUGGUCCACAGGGACCUCAAGCCGGAGAACCUGCUCCUGGCCAGCAAGUGCAAAGGGGCGGCGGUGAAGCUGGCAGACUUUGGCCUCGCCAUUGAGGUGCAGGGGGAUCAGCAGGCCUGGUUUGGAUUCGCAGGCACGCCCGGCUACCUGUCCCCCGAGGUCCUGCGCAAAGAGGCCUACGGCAAACCUGUGGACAUCUGGGCAUGCGGGGUCAUCCUGUACAUCCUGCUGGUGGGCUACCCACCGUUCUGGGACGAGGACCAGCACAAACUCUACCAACAGAUCAAGGCCGGGGCCUAUGACUUCCCUUCGCCCGAGUGGGACACGGUCACCCCUGAAGCAAAAAACCUCAUCAACCAGAUGCUGACCAUCAACCCCGCCAAGCGCAUCACAGCUCACGAGGCCCUCAAGCACCCGUGGGUCUGCCAACGCUCCACCGUGGCCUCGAUGAUGCACAGGCAGGAAACAGUGGAGUGCCUGAAAAAGUUCAACGCCCGGAGGAAGCUCAAGGGCGCCAUCCUCACCACUAUGUUGGCCACCAGGAACUUCUCAGUGGGCAGACAGACCACCGCUCCUCCGACCAUGUCGGCGGCCGCCGCCGGGGCCCCCCUGGGGCUGGUGGAACAAGCAGCUAAGAGCUUACUGAACAAGAAGGCGGAUGGCGUGAAGCCCCAGACCAACAGCACCAAAGGCAGUGCCGGUGUCACCAGCCCCAAGGGGACCCUCCCACCUGCCGCCUUGGAGCCUCAAACUACUGUAAUUCAUAACCCUGCAGACGGCAUCAAGGAGUCAUCCGACAGCACCAACACCACCAUCGAGGAUGAGGACACCAAAGCCCGCAAGCAGGAGAUCAUCAAGAUCACGGAGCAGCUCAUCGAGGCCGUCAACAACGGGGACUUCGAGGCCUACGCGAAGAUCUGCGACCCGGGGCUUACCUCCUUUGAGCCCGAGGCGCUGGGCAACCUGGUGGAAGGGAUGGACUUCCACCGCUUCUACUUCGAGAACUUGCUCUCCAAGAACAACAAGCCGAUCCACACGACCAUCCUGAACCCGCACGUGCACGUCAUCGGUGAGGACGCGGCCUGCAUCGCCUACAUCCGCCUCACCCAGUACAUCGACGCGCAGGGCCGGCCCCGCACCAGCCAGUCCGAGGAGACCCGCGUGUGGCACCGCCGCGAGGGCAAGUGGCAGAACGUCCACUUCCAUGGCUCGGGGGCCCCUGUCGCCCCGCUGCAGUGAAGAGUUCGCCGUGGCUGUCCUGGUUCCAGCCCCACGGAGACGGCGAUGGGAGCCGAGGCGGCAGCCGGAGCUGCGGCCCCCCAAAGCACGCGUCCGCAUGCCUGUCCCCCCCGCCCUGGCCCCUGCUCCUCCCCCUCCAGUGCCUGUGUUUGCAGAAAACAAAAAGACAAAAAAAAAAAAAAAAACGAAACGAGGA